CUCCCGCAGCCCGAGCCCAGCCGGAGCGCGCGCGUCCCGCAGCCGGCCGAAAGCCCGAGCCGCUCCGCCUUCCCUUCCUCCGGCUGCCUGGGUGGACUUUCCCCGCGCGCGCGGCGUGGAUGCUCCGCAGGUGAAGAUCUCCGCAUCCCCGCCAAGCCCUCCGCUCUUCUGGAUGGAGGCCUCCUGAGGAAAUACCAUCACAACUUGACAGAUAGGAAUGUGGAAGGAGGCUUGCAAAAAAAGGUUCCAGACAUCCAAAAAGAGGCUUGGGAGCACCAAUCUCCAAAAGAUCCCAAUAUUACCAAAAAGUUGAAAACCUGCCUUUUGCAUUGGUAUCAAAGCAUGUUCCCUGCUAUGACAGAAAACUGGUAGGGAGAUGCCCAACCAGCAGAAGCUCUCUGCAGCAUGCUAAGGAGACGUAACCUUCUCACUACACUUCUGAUUGCCUUGCCAUGGGGCCUUCUACUGACUUUGUGGCAUCAGUACCCAACCACCCGCUACCUCAGCCUUCUGAGAAAGGAAACAGAUGAAAACGUGACAGCCAAAUCCCUCUUCAACAGCACAUCCCUAGCGAGGGAGGAUGGGCUCCCAUCUUGUGCUCGGCAACCAGCCAUUGGGACUGCUCCCAAAAUAAUCCGGAGCUUUGUAUACUCCAGGCCUCCCCCAUGGUCAGACACACUGCCUGCCAUAUUUGUGAUCACACCAACGUACACCAGGCCCGUGCAGAAGGCUGAGCUGACCCGACUGGCCAACACCUUUCUCCAUGUACAGAACCUCCACUGGAUAGUGGUGGAGGACUCACCCAGAAGGACCAACCUGGUUUCUAAUUUAUUGGAGAAGGCAGGGAUCAAUUUUACUCACCUGAACAUUGAGACUCCUAAGAGCCUAAAAGUGGGUGUGUCCUGGAUCCCAUCUCAUACCCCACGAGGCACGUUCCAGAGAAAUCUUGGACUCCAUUGGUUGAGGCAAAGCUUCAGCACCAUAUCACCACCGGAGGGUGUAGUGUACUUUGCUGAUGAUGAUAAUACCUAUAGCUUGGAGCUGUUUGAAGAGAUGCGCUAUACAAAGAAGGUCUCUGUGUGGCCGGUUGCCUUUGUUGGAGGCCUGAGGUAUGAGUCUCCUAAAGUGAGUCCAGCUGGCAAAGUGGUGGGCUGGACAACUGUGUUUGACCCAAACCGUCCCUUUGCCAUUGACAUGGCUGGCUUUGCUAUCAACAUCAGAUUGAUCCUGGAAAAACCGCAAGCCAAUUUCAAACUGGAUGGAGUUAAAGGAGGUUACCAAGAAACUAGUUUACUGAAGGACCUGGUGACAAUGGAUGGAUUGGAGCCUAAAGCUGCCAACUGCACAAAGGUCUUAGUCUGGCACACAAGGACGGAAAGGCCAACGCUAGUUAAUGAAGGCAAACAUGGAUUCACUGAUCUAAGGGUGGAGGUGUAGAGAAACUGUCUUAACUUUGUGGUCACUUUUCACCGCUCUACAAUUGCUCAGCAAGGCACUGAUGCAGCAAUCAGAAACAAAUUCCUCCUUGUGAUCAUAUCUUCUAGCUUCCAAUUCUCCUUAAGCCAUGAAAGAAAGAAGCAAAAUGAAUGUCAUGCCCAAGUUCUUUUGCUUUGUAUUCUGACUAUUCAUCAUAGAACAACAAAGAAGAAAAAAAAAGAAACAUGUUUCUGAAGUUGUAUUUAUUUCUUGGAUGAUAUUUUAAAGACCAGAGCCAGUUCUCACUCGUACAACAUCUUGGAGAAUGCAAGAAGAGCUAGGUUUGCACAGAAGACAGAACUCUCUUUGCUUAAUCCACAUAUCCGAUAAGAUUUUGAAGUCCUGUUUUGAGAAGUAAUAAGAUAUAUGCUUCUACAUAUUUUUAUAACACAUGGCACUUCAAAACUAGGGCAUCCCUAUUGUAUUAGCAGUGAGAUAUUACUGCAUCAUGUUAAAAUAAGAGAUGCUCUCAAAAUGGCUCUUUUAAUCUGAGGAUUCCUCACUAUCACCCCAAGGAUAGGAUUGGGCAGUUCUAUGUGUGAUUAAUACUUUAGUAAUUAAUUGAGUUCUCCACCAAUUCCUCUGUUACGAUCCAAAAUUCAGCACAAGGUCUCGAUCACCACCAGUUAUUCUUGGAUCCAAAUACCAACUGAGCCAGAAAGUAUGAGCCAUAAAAAUCAUGAAUUUCUGUCAGCAAGAAAUGAUCAUCUGCUGUAUUCUUUAGAUCAACCCAUUCUCACAGAGAAUGCUGAAUUAGCCUUUGUCAGUAGGAGGAAUGAUACCUUGGUCAAUAGCUAAGUUAUGGUUUCCUGGAUCCAGAGGCACAGCUUUGGCAUCCAUUGGGAAACAAUUACUGCGCGAGAUGGAUUUUUAAUCUGAUACAGCAGGACUUUUUGUGUUCAUGUAGUGUUGUAGAUCUCUUAUACAUUCUUAAAUGAUUUCUGUACAUGCAUGAUCAAUUUCCGUUCAUUACCUGGCUGGACUGCUAUGAGCUUUGAUGAAGCAACAGGUUCGGAAUGAGCAAAGAAUGCUCCGUCAUAGAGAAUAACGGAUACGAAGUUUAAUACAAGGGACAACGAAAAUACGAAUGUAGAAGGAAGUG